GUAAUUUAGUCGGAUAUUUCAGUCGCAAAGUUUCCUGAAAAUAUACUCAAAUAUAAGACUGGCGCCAGACUUCCGUAAUGGGCGAAACAAACGGCGACACUAAGCCCUUCCGCAUCGCCAUCGUAGGCGGCGCCAUAGGCGGCCUCACAUGCGCGCUCUUUCUAGACCACUUUUGUCGCCAGGUCCCAGCUCAGGAAAGCAAGAAGCUACCACCCAUCGCCGUUGAUGUCUAUGAGCAGGCGAGCCAGUACAAGGAGAUCGGGGCGGGCGUCGGUCUGGGCAUCAACGCCGCCAAGCUAAUGCACCACAUCAAAGGCGUUGGCGCCGCCAUGAACGACAUCCAGGGCCGGAUGGACAGCUCGUGGUUUACUUUCUGCCGGUGGGACAACGGAGAGUUCAUCACACACAUUGAUAGUCCCAUCAAGGAUGAGGACGUGGUGCGGCCGUCGAGCAUGGCGCGGAGCGAGUUCCUGGACGUGUUGCUAGGUUUCAUUCGUGAGAGGAAUGUCGCGACAUUGCACACAAACAAAAAGUUCACUUCAGUGAAGGAUCUCGGCGAGGGAGGCGUCCAGAUCUCCUUCAAGGACGGCACGACGGCUGAGGCAGAUCUUCUAAUCGGCUCUGACGGCAUCCACUCCGAAGUAAGGAAGCAGUUCAUCACGGGAAAGGCCCUAUACAGCGGCAAGAUAGCAUACCGAGGCGUCGUGCCCAUAGACAAACUGCCCAAGGAAACAUGGCCGGGCAAAUCGUGGUCGGUGAUCUGGAUGGCGAGGCAUAAACACUUUCUGGUCUUCCCGAUCAGCCAGUCGCGCUCCUUAAACAUCGUCGCCUUCAUUUCCAAGCGCGAGGACGAGAUCCCGGACCUGAGGGAGAGCUGGACGAGCACCUGCGAUAGGCGCGAGCUCGAGGAGGACUUUGGCGACUGCGAGGAGACGGUCCGGAAGAUGAUCCAGCUCAUGCCCGAGCGCCCGUCCAAGUGGCGCAUAAACGACCACGAGCCCGUGCCGCAGUGGGUCUUCCUCGAUGGCAAGGUCGCGCUCCUCGGGGAUGCGUGCCAUGCCACAACGCCGCAUCAGGGCGCAGGUGCAGGGCAGGCCGUUGAGGAUGGGUAUAUUCUGUCCAAGGCGCUGGCGGACUGGCUGUCACGGGGGAAGAAGGGCUCGGUCGAGGGUUGGAUGGAGCUCUACCAGCGAGUCCGCCUCCCGCGGGCUCAAAAGGUCGUGACCACGAGUCGUGAGGCUGGUGAGUUGUACGAGUUUGAGUCACCGGACUUGAUCAGCUUAUCGUACGAAGAGGCGGUGCCUAUUGUCGCAGAGCGGCUCCAGGAGAGGCUGAAGUGGCUCUGGAUGGAGGAUCUGGACUCCGUUUACGAUAAAGAGAGGGAAGAAGCGGGGCUGUGAGUUAUUGUUCGCAGUCUUUCCAAGUAGUAGACUUUUAUCAUCACAUCCGAGUCGUGCUGUGGAUGAUGACAAGGGGCCAAGAGAUAUAUCACAUACACUUACUCGUC